GCGAGCUCGAGCUCGAGUCCGUCGUCGAACUCGUGCGGGAGAAGCACGCGUUCGCGUUCGGCGUGCUCUCAGAUGAGAGUUUGCAGACCAUGGCUGAGCAGCUGCGCAUGCUCGGGCGGAGAGAUUAUGAGGAUGAGCUGUGGCAGCGGCGGAGGGGUUAGAAUUCUGCUCUCUUUUUUUGUUGUAUUGCGGUUCAGGCUUGGAGUGGGUGUAUAUACUCUUUGGAGUGGGUUUGCAACGGAGUCUAGGAAACCUCGGCGUCUUGAUCUGCCUUUUUGCUUUGCUUAUUUGUUUCUGUUUUUUCUUGUGUCGUUCUAUGUUUAUAAAGAUGGGCGGUAGGAGUAUGGGGUAUAGAUGGUAUACAUUGAUACAGAGCGAGUAUAGAUGGGGUUCAGAUUCUUGUAUUAUAUCGAAACGUCCU